AUGUCGCGAAAACACGAUCUAAUCUUAGAAGGUAUCCGGCGUCUGGUGAGCGGUCAACGGGACUUGGAGUCAGCUGUUACUCGGCGGCCGACUACCAAUACCAAGGUUGCCACUAGGCCGCCCAUCUAUCCCGUAUGUCGCCUUUUAACAACAGUGGCGGAUUUCCGUGCACUAAACGCGAGACUUGCGGGAAGUGAAGUUCGCAGUCAAGUGGUAAAUGCGGGCAAAUUCCACUAAUAUGUUUAUUAGGUUUCCUACCUGGCCUGCCUUGGCGGCUGUUCUCUGGAUGACCUCACAGAAAGAGUGUUCUAUGCCCUAUUCGUGGAUGACAUCAGUCUCCACGUAAACUUCAAAGGGCGGAAAAUAAAGAGGGACUAUCCGAUUUGGCAACGUACGGAGUCAUCAAGGGUACGUUCUCACAAAUUAUUGAUCACUGCUCUAUCCACAGAGGUCUUUGGCAUUUGUAAUGGAGACGGUAAGGUAA